AUGAGGUUUAGAAUCACCAAAUCUUAUUACAGAAUGCCUAGGAAGAAGAGCUGGAAGAAAGCUGCUGCAAAGAAGACAAAAUCAUGUAAGGCAGAUGUGGGUGACAAGUACCCCACAGAUGUUGGCCACGUCCAACCAUCUGUGCCUCUGGGUGUAGGCCACGUCCUAACACCUAUGACAUCUGUACCGGCAGGGGUGAUCUCUACCACCCCUGUGACAGUGGUCUCUGCGGCUCUCCCUGAGACCACUUUGAAUCAGAAUUUAUCUCAGAAUUUUACUCAGAAUUUAUCUCAGUUGCUUACUCAGAAUAUCUCUCAGAUUUCAACUCAGAAUAUUACUCAAUUUACAAUGAACAAUAUUCCAAAGGAAACAUCACAUGCACUACAAGGUAAUUGUAUGCAUCAGAAUUCAGAUAAUCUAGUGUUUGGGUCUUUCCAUCAGGGAAGCAUGAGGUUUUCAUCAUUUUCAAGAGGCAAUCAGUGUACAUGCAAUUCACUUAUGAUGUUGUCAAAUUCAUAUGAAAAUUUUUCUUUCACUAGUUCCUUUUUAGAUCAAACUCUGCUCAAGGGAGAUAAUUUGUACAACACAGUUGUGAAGAAUCUGCAGAGUGCUGGAAAACUGAAAAGUAGAUUACUUAUGUUUGAUGAACUUCCAGUUCAUAUUAAUUCUGGUGAAAAUCACAACAUGGUUGAUAAGUUUGAUACAUUGUUUGGCUUAUUAGUUACAGAUGAUAACAAAAAUCAAGUUCAAACUCUACAUGAAUGUCUGCAACAGGCAUUGGGAUUAUCUAGAUAUGUAUUAAUAAUGAUUGGCUCGAUAUGUUCAGCACUGUACAAAGCUUCAGACAAUGAUUUUUAUUUUUUUGACUCGCAUUCUCAUGGGGAAAACGGUUUGUCUGAUUGUGAUGGAAAGUCUCUGAUGAGACACAGUUGCUGCUUAGAUGAUUUGUUGGGGUUUCUGUAUGCAAUGUAUGAAAGUAUGCACAUUGAGUUUUCAACUGAAUUUGAAGUGAUGCCUGUUGCCUUUCAUACACUUAUUCAUAGCUUCCCAAGAAAUAAUCAAAGUGAACAUCAAUAUUGUAGAUUAGAUCAGUCAACAACAACUGCUUUUACAAACAAACAAUCUGUUGGUAGUAAUAUUGGUCACUUAAAAACAGCAGAAAUAAAGGAAGAUAAAAAGGAGUACAUGAGAGAAUAUAUGAGAAACAAGAGACAAGAUCCAGAGUUUAAAGAAAGAGAAAGGGCCAGCAAAAGAAACAAGAGACAAGAUCCAGAAUUUAAAGACAAGGAAAGAGACAACAAGGAAAGAGACAGUAUGAGAAGCAAGCGACAAGAUCCAGAGUUUAAAGACAAGGAAAGAGACAGUAUGAGAAACAAGCGACAAGAUUCAGAGUUUAAAGACAAGGAAAGAGACAGCAAGAGAAACGAGAGACAAGAUCUAGAGUUUAAAGACAAGGAAAGAAACAGUAUGAGAAACAAGCGACAAGAUUCAGAGUAUAAGAGGAAAAGACAAGAGACAGACAAGAGAAACAAGAGAAAAGAUCCAGACUUAAAAGAAAGUCGAACUCCAAAACUCUCCUUAGCAAAUGGAAUGACAUGGGUACAAAAACCAAGUGAACUAAAUUUGUUACCAUUGGAAGAAAGACUUGUAUCCUUAAGAAUUCCUUUCAUGCAGAUAAGAGAAUUACCAAGAGGAGGGCAGUAUUCUGUAAAAGGAAAUGUUGUAAAUGUGCCAGUUGACAUACAACCAACAAUCAAUAGUCUUCCCAGGAGACUUGAUGAAAAUAUUACAAUACCUGUGAAGUUAAAAAGAAAACUAUCUUUUCAACACUCUUAUUGUCAUGAAAAUAUCCGACCUACAAAGGUUCUGAUUGCUUUACAUUGGUUAAUGAAAAACAGUGAAUAUUAUCAGAAUUCAAACAUAAACAUAGAUGACAACUGGUUCCAUGAAGUUACCAAUUCAGCAAAUGAAUUAAUGAGAGAGUUUAUUGAGGGCCACACCAAUCAAGGUUCAACAAUACAUGACCAAUCAGAUGAAUCGGACUCGGAUGAAUUCUGUGAAGUUGAUAGUAGUGGUAAGGAUGGAAAUUGUGAUACACUAUUAGACAGUGACUCAUAUGAUAUGAAUCAGAUCUUCACAUUUGCUCCAGGAGAGGGACAACGUCCACUUAGUUUGUAUCAAGAUCAAAUGGCCGAGUAUUUGUCAUUUCCAACAAUAUUUUGUGGUAAAGGAAGAGUAGAAAACAAUCAGCGUCAAAUAUCUGUUUCAUAUGCUGAUAUUGCCAAGUGGGAAUUACGAAGUGUUGAUAGACGUGCUGCACAGUCGGUGCCAAACUUGUUUUUCAAAUUGAAAAAAAUUCAACUAAAACAGGUAACAGACAAAUGCAAUUUAGCUCUUAGAAAGUGCAAAACAAAGGGGAAAACCUUUACUGCAAAUGAAAUAAGAAAUCCUGAUCAAAUUAACAACAUUGUCAGACACAAUGAGGGAUUUUAUGUAUUCAAACAGUUGAGAAAUUCUCCUCCAUAUCUUGAAACAAGGAAGAAAGAUGUUUUUGCAAUGAUACGACAGCUUGGUCUACCAACUUGGUUUAUGUCCUUUUCUGCUGCAGAUACACGAUGGAAUGACCUGAUAAAGGCACUGGGAGUUUUAAAUGAUGGCAGAGAGUAUACAGAUUCUGAAAUUGAGAGCAUGACAUGGAGUGAAAAAUCAAAGUUAGUUCAAAAAGAUCCAAUUACAUGUACAAGGUACUUUGAUCAUCGUUUUCGGACUUUUUUGAAUACUGUUAUUAAGAGUGAUCAUCAUCCUAUUGGGAAGGUUCAGGACUUCUUCUAUAGGGUUGAAUUUCAACAAAGGGGAUCACCACAUGUUCACAUGAUUGUUUGGAUUGAAAAUGCUCCAAAAUACUUGGAAAAUGAUAACAAGGAAAUUGUUGCAUUUGUUGAUAGCUACUUAAAAUGUGAAAGAAAUACAGAAGACAAGAUGAUAGAAUUACAGGUGCAUAAACACUCGCAAACAUGCAAAAAAAAGGGAAAGGCUGUUUGUAGAUUUGGAUUUCCACUUCCACCACUCCAAACUACAAUGAUAUUAGAACCUUUGGACUGUGAAAUUGAGAAAUACAAGAAGAUGUAUAAAGCUAUGCAGGACAAAAUGAAUGAAUUUAAAAAUGGAUGUGAUGUAAGCUUCAGUUUUCAAGAGUUCUUGCAGGAUGUAGUACAGCUAUCUGAAGAUGAUUAUAUCAAAUGCAUCAGAAGUUCCUUGAGAGGACCCAAAGUAUUUCUGAAGCGCAAACCCUGCGAUCUUAGAGUGAAUGCUUACAACAGUACCCUUCUUCAUGCAUGGGCAGCUAAUAUUGACAUUCAGUAUGUAUUGGAUCCAUAUGCUUGUGCAAUGUACAUUGUCUCAUACAUAAGUAAAUCCCAAAGGGGUAUGAGUGAUCUUCUGAGUAGAGCUGCCAAAGAAGCAAGAGACGGCAAUCUUGACAUUAAGAGACAAGUUAGACACAUUGGAAAUCAAUUUCUGAACAGUGUUGAAGUCGGAGCACAAGAAGCAGCAUAUCUGGUUUUGCAAAUGCCACUUACAAAAGCAUCAAGAGACGUAAUGUUUAUAAACACAUCUCCAGUUGAUGACCGUGUAAUUCUUGUCAAACCUGAUUCAGAACUUGAAAAGUUGAACGCCAACUCCACAGACAUAGAAUGCAGUAACAUAGUCAAAAGAUAUGCAAAACGUCCAAAACAACUUGAAAACUGGUGUUUAGCUGACUAUGUAUCACAGAUAGAUGUAGUUUUCCCAAAAGAAAAUGUAACUCAGCUGUCUGAAAUGGAAACAAAUGAUGAUGAGACACACCAGUCAGAAAAUGAAGACAGUGGAUCUGAUACUGAAAGUGAAUUUAAAGAUGAUAGCACGUUAGUUGUGUUGAAAAAUGGAAUCAAAAUCAAGCGCAGAAAAACGCCAAGAGUUAUAAGAUAUGUGCGCUAUAGUUUAAAGACAGAUCCAGAAAAUUACUAUAGAGAAAAACUAAUGCUGUUCACUCCAUGGCGAAAUGAAAGUUCUGAUCUUCUGUGUGGACAGCAGAGCUUUGAGCAGUCAUUUAACCUGAAGAAAUUUUUCUUAGCUCAGAAAAUCAGACAGUACGAACAAAAUGCUGAUGCGCUUGAGCAGGCAGAGCAGAUGGCGCAAGAUGAUUUGACAGAAGCAUAUGAUGAAUUAGCUCCUGGUGCUCAACAAUGUGAGGCAGAAGAUGAAUAUGAAGGAAAUGUUGACUCUGAAAAAUUUGUUCACUUUAAUCCUGAAAGGCCAAUUGAACAGAGAGAGUAUGAUAUAGGAAUUGAUGUUGGAAUUCCAUCAACAAGACAACUGAGUGAGCAGAGUUCUGUUAGAUUACCUGAUGAUGAGUAUUUAAAGCUUGUAGCCAGUCUGAAUUUGAAACAACGUGAAUUCUUCAAUCAUGUUAUGCAAUGGAUCAAAUGUAAACAGGAACCUAUUCAUGCAUAUCUCUCAGGAGGUGCAGGCGUUGGAAAGUCAGUGUUAAUCAGAGCACUUUAUCAAGCUUUACAUCGGUAUUUAUGUGCUAAGGAGGGAGAAAAUCCAGACGAUAUACGAAUUCUUCUUUGUGCAUACACUGGUAAAGCUGCAUUUAACAUUGGUGGUCAAACAAUUGCUUCUGCAUUUCAUCAGAAAAUUAACCAAAGGCAGCAAAACAUGCAUUGUGAUGAACUGAACACAUUUAGAACUAAAUACAGAAAUUUGUCAGUUGUCAUCAUAGAUGAAAUUUCAAUGGUUGGCAAUGCAAAGUUGGAAUUCAUCAACGAUAGACUUCAGCUUCUUACUGGUUUGAAGAGGCCUUUUGGAGACAUUAGUAUUAUUGCUGUUGGAGAUUUCUUUCAACUGAAACCAAUCAUGGAUGGAUGGAUUUUUCAGGAUUUAAAACAAAAUGCCCAAGCACUUGCAUGUAAUCUUUGGAAAGAAAACUUCACCUUAUUUGAGUUAGAUGAAGUAAUGCGACAAAAGGAUGAUUUAGAAUUUGCACAGCUUUUGAACCGUCUUCGUCACAAUGAGAUGACUUCUGAGGACUUGGAUAUAAUUCACAAGUGCAUCAUUGCUGAAAAUAGUCCAAAUUAUCCACACAAUGCUCCCCAUCUUUUCACAAUGAAUGCAAAAGUAGAUGAAUAUAACAAUAAACUUAUAGAGCAACUUCCUGGUGAAAAAGUCAUUGUGAAAGCUGUUGACAGUGUCCGUCAAGACCACAUUAAUAUUGAUGUUACUGAUGGUUUGACAAAUGGUUCAUCAUGUACUGUAUUUCUUGUUGAAAACAGAUUACCUGGUGUAUCAAGGCCAAGUAUAGUGUGGGUGAAGUUUUUAGAUUCUACAGUAGGGAGAAUUGCUCGACAGAAAUACAGACAUCUUUUCCAUGAUGAUGUUAUGGAUGAUUGGACACCAAUAUUUGACUGUCAGCGAUCUUUUGUUUUCAAUUCAACUACAUAUCAAAGAAUACAGUUUCCUUUAAGACCAGCUGCUGCUCUUAGUAGAGUUAGAUCUGUUGACAAGUUGCAUAUUCUGAAUUUCAAUGAGCAAGCAUUAACUGUUGAUGAAAAAGUUGUAGAAGAAAUGGAAAGAAUGAGGAAGGAAGCACCUCUGAAACUGUGUUAUAUUCCUUUGUACAAAACAGAGCAGAACAAACUGAAAAUUAUGUUUAAUAAUGCAAGAUCUCUUCACAAACAUUUCGAUGAAAUCAAAAAUGAACCCAAUGUUGUGGCAUCAGAUGUUAUUGGUUUUUCAGAAUCAAGAUUAACCAUCAAUGAUGAACAGAAUUUUAUGAUGGAAG